UGCACAUGUUUGUCAUAAACACUUACGUGGCUGAGAAAAUUUGAGUUCAGAAGAAAUAUUGUUUUUAUGUGCUAAGUUUUUUGUGUUAAAAGAGAAGUAUAAUGACCACGUAUCAAGAAUUUAUUCAGCAAAACGAAGAUCGUGAUGGUGUUCGUUUUAGCUGGAAUGUUUGGCCGUCCAGCCGGCUUGAAGCCACACGUAUGGUGGUUCCCAUAGGAUGCAUGUAUACACCAUUAAAAGAACGUCCUGAUCUACCACCGAUAUGCUAUGAUCCUGUCAUGUGUAGCCGUAGUAGCUGCAAAGCUAUUCUUAAUCCACUUUGUCAGGUGGACUAUAGAGCAAAUGUGUGGCAGUGUAACUUUUGUUUUCAAAGAAAUGCAUUCCCACCACAGUAUGCAGGCAUCAGUGAACAACAUCAACCUGCUGAAUUGAUUCCUCAAUUUUCAACAAUUGAGUAUACUUUACAGCGUGGCAACCCUGGACCAUUGAUUUAUCUUCUUGUUGUUGAUACAUGUAUGGAUGAUGAAGAUCUACAAGCCGUCAAAGAAUCUCUUCAAAUGUCCCUCAGCCUAAUGCCACCAAAUGCUUUAGUUGGUUUGAUCACCUAUGGAAAGAUGGUUCAAGUUCAUGAACUAGGUAACGAGGGUUGCUCAAAGAGUUACGUUUUCCGUGGAAGUAAAGACCUCAACGCAAAACAGAUCCAGCAAAUGCUUGGACUGGGUGCUGCUGCUAGACAAGGUAAUCCCCAAGCUGGAGCUCGUGGACAGAUGCCAUCACAAGGAAGUGAAAUAUUUAACAGGUUUUUGCAACCUGUUCAUAAAUGCGACAUGAGUCUUACAGAUUUACUUGGUGAACUUCAACAAGAUCCAUGGCCAGUAGCCACCGGUAAACGACCAUUGAGGUCAACUGGUGCAGCAUUAUCUGUUGCUGUUGGACUUCUUGAGUGUACCUAUCCAAAUACUGGAGCUAGGAUUAUGACUUUUAUUGGCGGAUCUUGUACUCAGGGUCCGGGAAUGGUUGUGGAUAAUGAGUUAAAGAAUCCCAUCAGAUCCCAUCAUGAUCUCGAGAAAGAUAAUGCACCGUAUGUUCGCAAAGCUUGCAAGCAUUACGAAGCUUUGGCCAAUAGGGCCGCUGAAAACGGUCACGUGAUCGACAUCUUUUCUUGUGCAUUGGAUCAAACGGGACUUCACGAAAUGAAAUUUUGUCCCAACUUUACUGGCGGACACAUGGUUAUGGGAGACUCCUUCAACACAGCUUUAUUCAAACAGACAUUCCAGCGAAUGUUUUCGAAAGACUUGCGUAACGAAUUCAAAAUGGCUUUUGGUGGAACGUUUGAAGUUAAGACAUCAAAGGAACUAAAUGUUUCAGGAUGCAUUGGACCAUGCAUUUCGAUGGAUAAGAAAGGAGCAAAUGUUUCUGAAACGGAGAUCGGUUUGGGCGGUACAUCGUCCUGGAAACUGUGUGGAUUUGAUUCAUCGACAACGUUGGCGAUAUUUCUUGAAGUCGUAAAUCAACACACCGCUCCAAUCCCGCAAGGCUCGCGCGGCUGUGUACAGUUUAUAACUCACUAUCAACAUUCAAGUGGUCAGCGGAGGAUACGUGUCACGACAUGCGCAAGAAAUUGGGUGAAUGCGGAUAAUCUCAGUCAUGUGUCGUUAGGCUUUGACCAGGAAACGUCAUGUGUAAUGAUGAGCCGUAUCGCAGUUUUCCGAGCAGAAACAGACGACGGGCCUGAUGUACUGCGAUGGUUGGACAGAAUGUUGAUUAGAUUAUGUCAGAAAUUUGGAGAGUUUAAUAAAGAGGAUCCGAGCUCAUUUCGUUUGGCUGAAAAUUUCUCAUUAUAUCCACAGUUUAUGUUCCAUCUAAGGAGAUCACAGUUUUUACAAUAUUUUAAUAACAGUCCAGAUGAAACUUCCUAUUACAGACACGUGCUUAAUCGGGAGGACGUGAUGAACUCUCUCAUCAUGAUACAACCAAUUUUAUACUCCUACACAUUUCACGGUCCACCUGAGCCCGUGUUGCUGGACAGUGGUAGUAUACAAGGGGAUCGUAUUUUAUUGCUCGACACAUUUUUUCAACUUCUUAUCUACCAUGGUGAGACCAUAGCACAGUGGAAGAAAUUGGGUUAUCAAAAUGACCCUCAGCACGAAAACUUCCGGCAGCUGUUACAAGCUCCGAAAGACGACGCACAAGAAAUACUGCAAACGAGGUUUCCCAUGCCUCGUUAUAUCGACACACAGCACGGCGGUAGUCAGGCACGAUUCUUGUUGUCAAAAGUGAACCCAUCUCAAACGCACAACAAUAUGUAUCCGUGGGGACAAGAUUCCGGUGGGGCUCCUGUCUUAACGGAUGACGUCAGUCUUCAGGUGUUUAUGGAUCAUCUGAAGAAACUUGCUGUCUCAAAUACGUCGUGAUCGUUCACUGAGCGCAAUUCUUAGGGAUGAACUGAAUUUAUCAACAAAUAAAGCUCCAUAUUAAACAGAACUUAAUUAAAUAUCUCAGCAGGAAAAUUAUCAUUAAAUAAAAUCUUUAUAACUAACAAUAGAUAGCAAUACCUUUGCAGAGAAAAAUGAAAUCGAAAUGUGUUCAAACAAUUUCAAUACAACAUGAUCCUUGGCUUGUAUUGGAACUUUUGACAAAGUC